CAUUGAAAUCCUACACCAAGCUUGACCUCAAUAUCAUCCUUUCUCAAACAGGCGGUCUCAAUCAAGGCCGCUGCAUAUGUACGCUUCAUGGUGUCGUGUACAUGUUGACACACUGCACAUCAGCCGGACAUUCGGCACAGUGACCAAAGUGCUGCUACCAUGGCUUUCAACGCCUGCUUGAACAUCUUUGUGACUGUUUACUGUGUUGUGUGUCUGUACCCGGGGCUGCCCCAUGUUGAAGGAGGCAGUGACCAGGGCGAGGUAUACUGGGAGUCGAAAAUAAUAUCAGACAUCCUCGUCAAUUCGAGCUACGUGAAGGAAGCGCGGCCUGUAAAAUCUGCCAACGUAUCCGUUGUCGUCACGAUCUUUCCCAUGUUCCUCAGCAUCGACAACAUAAAUGAAGCCGCCAACACUCUGACUACAAGGCUCAUCUUGUUCCAGCAAUGGACGGACAGCCGACUGACGUGGAAUCCAUCAGAGUAUGGGGGUGUGGCCAGCGUGAGACUCCCCUCGUUAAGGGUGUGGCUGCCGGAUAUAGUGCCUUUUAACACGGCACCAAGUGCAGCCCCAGAUCCCCUGUAUGAAGAAACACUUGACGUAUCGAAUGACGGCACCAUGAAAUGGGCACCAUUGAUCCUCGUGUCAUCAGCAUGUCCCCUAGAUGUCACCAAUUUCCCAUUUGAUACCCAAUCCUGCACGAUCGUCUUUGGCUCGUGGGUACACACAAGACAACACAUGGAUAUGAAGUUCUUCAAGGAAGGAGCGAAAGAGAUGGAUCUUGACGCCUCAGACAGUUCCAUGGGCUUGCCAGUUGUUGAACAUCCGUAUUGGAACAUCAAAGACGAUAAGGUGAAAGCCAAGCUGUCUCAUGUGACGUAUGCGACGUAUGAAUUCACUAUACUAACCAUGACGGUGGAGGCGAAGAGGAAAGCUUCCUUCUUCAAGUACCUGGCCAUAGGGCCUGGAGCUCUCAUUGGCUUCCUGGUUCCCAUGAUUUUUUUACUACCUGCCAGGUCCAAGGAAAAGAAUACGUUUGGCAUGCUGAUGAUCAUAGGGCUCAUUCUCCUCAUCUCGGUACUAGCCGAGGCCGUUCCCCUCAACCAUAGCAGCACACCACGAGUAGGUCUCUUCUAUCUGAUCACACUCACGCUGAUUUGCUUUAGUAUGAUCCUCUCUGUAAUCGUCAGCAACCUCAACGUCAGGGGCGCCAGACGCCGGCCCCUGCCACAGUGGCUUCACCAGGCAUGUUUAAGCCGAAAUGGCCUACGGAGAAUUUUGUGUAUCGACAAGUACUCGCCCGUGGACAGUUUGUUCGCCGAAACUUUGCGGGAGACGGAGGACAUGUCUACGCAUGGGCAACCGGAAGUUCCGAGAGGGAGAGAAAUGGACAGCGUCCACACAAGUGAAAUGAAGGAUGUUUGCAAAUAUUUGAGAUACAUUUGUGGGAAAAUGUCGGCCGAAGACUCCUACAAAAACGUGAACCAGGACUGGGAGGAACUUGCACGGGUGGUGGACCGAGUCCUCUUCGUCAUAUUCUUCCUCCUGUACGUACUUACGGCGGUGUCCUUGUUGACAUAGGGGGUCCACGUGGAGAUGCACGCUUGCUGAAAGAAGGGUAUGGUUGUCCUGAAGACAGAGGUCAAUCAUGUCAAGCAGAGGUCAAUCAUGUCAAGCAGAGAUCAAUCAUGUCAAGCAGAGGUCAAUCAUGUCAAACAGAGGUCAAUCAUGUCAAACAGAGGUCAAUCAUGUCAGGCAGAGGUCAAUCAUGUCAAACAGAGGUCAAUCAUGUCAAACAGAGGUCAAUCAUGGCAAGCAGAGGUCAAUCAUGCAGUGUGGAAACAGGGGCCUUCAGCGAACAAGCCAGCAGUUUGACCACGAGGCCGUCUAACUGCUUCUUGGACAUCUUCCCGAGGCAAGGGAGUUAGCUGACUAUAAAGGUCCAGUUUCCAAACUUGCCGAACUAGCUACAUAGGUUGGAAUUUCGUGGCUUGGUCGUAGCGCCACCAGAGGCUAUAACGAGUUAUGUCCCUUCUCUGUCCCUCCUAUUGACCAAUUAAGUUCCACCUCAAAUGAAUUUGCUUCAAAUGCGCCCAUUCGUCACCACUCGGCCCUUUCCGUAAUCGGCAAGAAGAUUCGCCCCCCUAUCGAUGAAUGUUAUGUCCGAAAUUACGACAAACCAGUCAGAAUGCACGCAUGACUUUAAGUAUUUCCGUCAAAGAAUCCCUCAGGAAUAGGUUUUGACUUUACAUAUGUCUUGCUUUUAAAAAUAUCCCCAAGAUACAGUUAAAUGUGUUCAGUCAUACUGUAUAAUACUGUAUGUCCCGAUAUGUUAAAUAGCAUCUAAAUAUAUUUAUGAUAUAUAAGGGAAAUAAACGUGAAUCUUAACGCAACGACUUGACAAUUCGUUUAGCUGUGCCCGUUUGCACUUAGACGGAACCCAGUUUCAAAAAUGGCCACGAGAGGGACACGAGUCGCUAUGCAUAGACUCGUUAGUCCACCCGAAAUAUAACUCCGAAAUUCCACCCUUUUUCGGCAAUGGUGGAAACUUGAUAUUUAUGGUCAGUUUAAUCCCUUGUCUCGGGAAGGUGUUUCUUGGAAGACCUCGGUGAGUCUUUGGGAAAUUCAAGGUUCUGAUUGUCUUGGCUCGGUAAAAGAUAAAGCUUUUUUAAAGAUUAUUUUCUGAAUAUUAAAUUGGAUGAGCCUCUUGGACUAGUAGGUAUAGGUGUGUAAAAGUUUUUAGUAUCACACCUAACACGAUGGGUCCGUCAGAUUAUACAGUAAAUUCGGUUUCAUUGUUCGCUGGACACAUGGCUGACUCUUAAAGAUGCAUUGUGUGAAAAAGCAUGUCAACGUUUCAUCCUGCGGCGUUGGGCCACAAACAAACACUUUUUAAAAUACAAAUUUGGUGAGUAGCCACCGGUAGUGCAGGACAUCUUUACCCUUCACGCGAGCACCUGGUGUCAUCCUCGAUUUCCAGUGAACCAUUCAUAUACUUGCCACCGCCUCUUUCGGUGGGAACUGUUACGGUUUAUAUACAGCGUUUACGGUUUAUAUUCAGAGAAAGUUGUAUAGCACUAACACGGCAUUAGUCUGGACUAGUACAAGCAAACACACACACACACACACACACACACACACACACACACACACACACACACACACACACACACACACACACACACACACACACACACACACACACACACACACACACACACACACACACACACACUGUGUUGGGUAAUUUUGUGUAAAAUACAUUGGUUCAAUGAAGACUGGUGUAAGAAAUGAAUUUGCAACCACAUGACCCCGACCAUGUUUGAACUGUUUUGUAAAUUUGUGUCCAAAAUGCAAAGAUGUCUAAGACACCUAUCAGCAGUUGUGCAUUAGGCAAAAUUUUUGUGUCUUUAAGUUUUAAAGGUUUUUAAUCAAAUUAUAUUUGAAAACAACAACAACCCAAACAUGUGGAAGUAUUAUUCGAGUGCUGACUAAGCGCCAGUUCA